AUGUCCACCACCGCCACUACCGCCACUCCGGCUUCGCUGGUUCAUCAUGAUGGUCCGUUUGAUGCAGCUUCUUCACAUCGGAAUCGACAUGUAGGCUCCAAGAACCCUUCCAGACAAGCUCCCAUGGCAGCUUUCGAUCCUUCAGCCCUAGUCUUUCCACCUAAUCCUCCUAAAAACACCCAAGAACCUAGUCCACACACCUAUCCACCCACCAGAUCAUGCGAUAGUGCGAUGUCUGUCAGUAUGGGAUACCCUGCCGGUACUAUCGCCGCUGAUCCAAAGGCUGCUAGAUUAGCAGAGGCGUUUGGUAUUCAAGGCAGAGAAGCAUGGGAAGAUUUUGCAAGCACCCGUGGGAACGAAGAAUUUGUUAAAAUCAGUCAUGCGGAUCUCUCACCUAAAGGCGGGAGUGAUAGGAAGCCCAGAGGAAGAUCAGAAAGGGAUGCCAAGGCUGCUAGUGUUUGGGAUAUGGAAGCUACUAUGAAAUCGGGAAAACCGGUACCUUCUAGUAUUCCACCAGUUCCAUCUUUACCAAACUUUCCUCGGUCAUUAUCCAAAUCAGACUCGACUAAUCUCGAAACUUCGCCAAAUGUUGGAAACAGUGGUGCCGGAAAUUCGAUGAAACGAUCAAAAUCGUUGAUGCAAAGGAUCAAGAAGGGAGUUCGAUCCCCUCCGUUACCUAAUCGAGCUGAAUAUUAUUCACCUGAGAUGAUGACUGCAGAAGAAGGAGAGAUUGAAGGAUCAAAUAGGAUGUCUAGAAAGACUAGUAUAUUGGGUAAAUUUGGGAUUGGUAGGAAAAACACGCAACCGAAUACUCGACAAUUACUUAGUCCUCCUCGUAGUCCUCCUACUGUGAAUGAAAUGUAA